CCUAUUUAUUGCGUGAUUCAAAUGUGAUAGCCCUAUGGCACAAAAUAUCGGCCAACUACUCAGUGACACCUAGGUGAUUGUUUCGAUGACGUCUGUUGUCAUGACAGCCGGCCAGUGAGCUUCAUAGGGAAGUGUGGAGCUCGGGGUUCGGUGGAGUGAGCGCCCACGAAUCCACUAACAACUGAAUCUCCUCCGAUCAUCGCCUGCUGCUGCUGCUGCUGCUGGCGUAGUGCAUGUGAAUGAAUAACAGAUGUCGCUGGCUCAGGCCAAAUUACAAAGGUGUGCACUGAGUUGGCAUUUAUACGAAUUAUUUUGUUUGACGGCGUGCUAUUUUCUGACAUUUCCCUAGCUGAUUCAUCAUGGGCGACAAAGCCAAGGGAGCACCGCAUCAAGAAAUGCUUUCGUCGCUGCCGUUGGCUAUUUUGCUUCACUAUGGCCGUAUUGUGUAUUUUGCGUUUUCCAUGGUACAGGUCUUGAGCUUCACGUUUAAGGGGCUUCGUUUACCGUAUCCGCCAAACAAUUUGCUUACCGAAGUUUCCCUACUUCUCUUUCAGACGCCACUAGAAAUAAUUCGGUUAAAGCUAGGAGAACGCGGUAACCUGUCAGAAGAAGCUCUGCCAUUGCUCUUAAGCUGUUUCCUGUCUGCACCAGCGAUCCUAGCUGCGCUUUACUAUGCCCUAUGGCAAACGUUUGUGUUGCGGCUUGACGUGGUCGUCUCAUCGAUACUGAUAUGCUUUCAGGUAGCCCAAACCGUAAUUGCGCUGGCAACAGCUGUUUCUUUUGGACGAGCUCACAAAUAAGCCAAAUAAAUUUCUUGACGUAUAGAUAUCUGAAGAUAUAUAAUUUUUUCGCGCCGUAAAGUAACCACGGAGUUGGAAUAUGGCUAUGAAUGAAUGCAGCCUCCGGUAAAGGACUGUGGUAUGGAUAGAAGUUGAAGUUUUGCUGUCGAACUCGACCCAGAAUAACGAACUUAUGUGGAUAUCGAAAAAUUCUAUUAAGUCUUGUAUUCACACAAAUCAUCCAGUAUUCCUACGCCGUUGAUAGAACUAAACAUUUCAAUACGACACCAGCCCGUGGCGAAUUUCCGAAAGGUGAACUUAAAAAUUUGCUUCUUCAAACUCCAAAUGUAGACUAUUUAUGAUAAUAAUAAUAAUAACAUUAA